AUGACAACUUUUGAUUUUUCCGACGUGGAGGCAUUUUUGGAUUGCCAUCCGGAGCUUUUCGAGGAAUAUCUCGUCAGGAAGGGAAAAUGUGACACCCUGCGCAGGUGGCUCAAAGAGCAUCAGCCGUCCAAAACCUCUCCUGCGGAGGAAAAACGCGGGGUCGUAAGGGAUCCCUUCUGGCCCACGAACCCCGACGGACUGAGGCGCAGAUCGUCCCACAUGGAGCUCCGCAGGAACUUCGCCCGCUCCAAAGCGAUGACUGCGCACCGGACCUACGACGAGCACGUCAGUCUCACGGCUCACGAGUCCCAGUCGAGUAUGCGACGGCGCGCGCUGCUGCGGAAAGCCAGUUCGUUACCGCCGACUACGGCGCACAUCUUGAGUGCGCUGCUCGAGUCCCGGGUGAACGUGCCUCAGUAUGCCUCCAGCGCCAUUGACUACAAAUACAGACUCAAAGAGUCCAACGAGAGGGAGUUCUUCCUCGAGCUGGUUAAGGACAUUUCAAACGAACUUGACAUGACGAACCUCAGCUACAAGAUUCUUAUCAAUGUGUGCAUCAUGGUGAACGCAGACAGGUGUUCGCUUUUCCUAGUGGAGGGACCGUCUCAUAAGAGGACGCUGGUGUCCAAGUUUUUUGAUGUGCACUCGGGUACGACGGUGCGACCCUCUUCUAGCACUCUGGACUCAAACGAGGUGCAGGUUCCGUGGGGAAAAGGCAUCAUAGGUUAUGUAGCAGAACACGGAGAAACCGUCAACAUCCCGAACGCAUACGAGGACCAUCGGUUCAGUGAUGAAAUCGACAAGCUGACGGGCUAUAAGACUCAGUCCAUUCUGUGCAUGGCCAUCCGCAACAGUGAUGGUGAAGUCAUCGGUGUAGUGCAGGCCAUCAACAAGAACCCCAGCGGAACUCCAUUCACCGAGGACGAUGAGAAGGUGCUUCAAAUGUAUCUACCAUUCUGUGGAAUAUCGAUCUCCAACGCCAAACUCUUCUCCAAAUCCCGCAAGGAGUAUGAGAGGAGCAGGGCCCUGCUGGAGGUGGUGAAUGAUCUGUUUGAGGAGCAGACGGACCUGGAGAAGAUCGUCAGAAAGAUCAUGCAGCGUGCGCUGACAUUGCUGCAGUGUGAGCGCUGCUCUGUGCUUCUGCUAGAAGACAUCCACUCUCCUGUAGUAAAGUUCUCCCAGACGUUUGAGCUCAUGUCUCCACUGUGCAGCGUUGAUCAUGACAUCAGCAUGGAGAAGGUGUCUUGCUCGGACUGGCUGAUCAAUAACAGCAUUGCUGAGUUGGUAGCAUCAACCGGGCUGCCUGUAAACAUCAGUGACGUUUGUCAGGAUCCCCGCUUUGAUGCUGAGGCGGACCAGGCUUCUGGAUUUCAUAUCAGAUCAGUUUUAUGUGUCCCCAUCUGGAAUCGGACACAUCAGAUUAUUGGUGUUGCCCAGAUUCUGAAUCGCUUGGACAGGAAGACAUUUAAUGAUGCAGAUCAAAGGUUAUUUGAGGCAUUUGUUAUUUUCUGUGGUCUGGGCAUUAACAACACAAUGAUGUAUAACCAGGUUAAAAAGACUUGGGCCAAGCAGUCUGUGGCUCUAGAUAUGCUGUCUUAUCAUGCCACAUGCUCCAAGGCAGAGGUUGAUCGACUGAAGGCUGCUAAGAUUCCCCUAAGCAGUGAGCUCGGGAUCGAUGAGUUCCACUUUAAUGACUUUUCUCUGGACAACGACGCCAUGAUCACUGCUUCCCUGCGGAUGUUUUUGGAGCUCGGUGUCGUGCAGAAAUUCAAAAUUGAUUAUGAGGUGCUGUGCCGCUGGCUGCUUACCGUGAGGAAGAACUACCGCACCGUAGCCUAUCACAACUGGAGGCAUGCCUUCAAUGUCUCGCAGUGCAUGUUUGUUAUGAUCACCACUGCUGGGUUCCAGGAGGUGCUGACAGACACCGAAACUCUUGCGCUUAUGGUUGGGUGUUUCUGCCAUGACCUGGACCAUCGUGGCACGAACAACGCCUUUCAGGCAAAGUCUGGGUCAGCACUAGCGCUGCUGUACGGAACAUCUGCCACACUUGAGCAUCAUCAUUUCAACCACGCCGUCAUGAUCCUGCAGAGUGAGGGUCACAACAUUUUUGCUAAUCUGUCCUCCAAAGAGUACAGCAACAUGAUGCAGCUACUGAAACAGGCCAUUCUGUCCACAGAUCUCACCUUGUACUUCAAAAGAAGAACCAAGUUCUUUGAGUGUGUUUUGUCGGGACAGUUCAGUUGGAGUAAUGAAGAACAUAGAGACAUGUUCAGAUCUAUGCUGAUGACUGCGUGUGACUUGGGUGCAGUGACCCGACCAUGGGAGAUCUCAAAACAGGUGGCUGAAUUGGUGACCAGUGAAUUCUUUGAACAAGGUGACAGGGAAAGAUCAGAGCUGAAGUUGACACCGGCUGCCAUUUUUGAUCGUAAUCGUAAAGAUGAGCUUCCUGUGCUUCAGUUAGAAUGGAUUGAUGGAAUUUGCAAGCCAUUAUAUGAGGCUCUUGUGAAGUUGAAUAGGAAGCUUCAGCCGAUGGUAGAUGGAAUUGAUGCCAACCGAAAGAAGUGGGAGGAGCUUUGUCGGUCCUAUCAGCAAACACGGAGAGCCUCUGAGUGCAUCUCCAGUCUGGAGGCUGGAGAGACAGAAUCGCCUCAGAGUUCAGACUCCACCCACGAGCCAGAAUCAAGUCAGAGUGAGGUGACCAAUCAGAGCGAAGACUCCACCCACUGUGUGGAGCCAAAUCAAGCCACGGUAGCCAAUUACAAAUAAGAGGCGUGAUGUGGCGAUUAAAGGACGGCCCACUGAGUCAGGGCUUCCCAAACUA